GGGAGCGGGACAGGCGACGCAACUAUGAUAUGCAGGACCAUGCUGUCAGCCUGGUCAGAUUUAGUCCAAUUCAUAGGCUUAAUUACCGAUCGUCGCGAGCUAUCAGUCUACGUCCUGAACGAAGCCUAAGCCAGGGCUUCACCUCGCUGGAGCUGGACACGGUGCUGGAGGAGCGCUGCAGCGACGUGGAGCAGACGCAGACCGAAAUACUCAAUCCCGAAUCGCCCAUGGACACCAACUCCUACAAGAUGUCCUUCUCCUCGAGCUAACAGUUAGCAGCACAACAGCAGCAGCCGAAGACGACGACAACGACGUCGACCUUGCCGACAGCGCAGCCGCAGACAGCUGCGCUGGCCAUGCAGCAGCUGCAGCCGCGCACGCCGUCGACAGCGCCGUCGCCGUCAACGCUGACGCCGCCGCUGCGCAAGGUGGGCAGCCUGCGUGAAUCGCACGAUGCCGCGGCGCUGGCCAAACGGCGCAGUCGACUGCAGGAGCUGCGCGCUGCCAGCAGCAGCAGCCCGGCCAGCGAAGCAGCGCUCGCGUUUGGCGUCGGCAAGCGCGGCUCCAAACGUGAGCGUCGCCCUGCCGCCGGCAGCAGCAGCAGCAGCGCCACUGCCCUGCGCAAAUCGCAGUCGCUCGACGCAGCCGAGAGCUACUCGCUGGCCAGCAUACAGUCGCCCUUGUGGGUGACGCUCACCAAUGCGCGCACUAUCGAGGAACUGGCGCAGCAGAAGCUCUAAAAGAUGAAAGACACUCAAGAAACGAACAAAAAUAACAUAUACAUAUAUACACACACACGCACACAAAGAAACAUAUACACACAUACACACAGAUCACUAACAGACGCGGCUUGUGUUGUUGCCGCUGUUAAAUGUUAAUGUGGAGCUAACUCUUACCCUGCACCCCUGGCGCAUCUUGAAACGAAAUCCAACGGUUUUUUCUUACAGCCCGAAGCCACCUUGUAAAUGUGUAAGCCAAUGUAAACACAAACAAUAUAUAAAAGUAUUUAACAAUUUACAACAUUAGAAAAUGCAUAAAUUUAAAACUAAUGACCAAAAUUAGUCCAAAAUAAAACUGAAAUUAAACGAGCGCGUUUUCAUUUAUAACUGCCCGAUACGCACUGUUAAGCUCAAAAUGGCAAUGUUAUGGCAAGACAGAAUGCAACUGUGCACUGUAAAGCGGAAAUACCGUUUGAUUCGCAGGCCCCAAUGCAAUUGGGCUGUGAUUGUCAAACAGUAUGGCGGGCAUUUCAAAUAUCCAGCGCCGAAAUACAUUCUACAUUUAUUCAUAUAUUUCUUUGUUUUUAUUUAAAUUAUCUUGUAUAUGUAAUAAGAGCUUAAAAUACAAAUUUAAUUUCAUUAUCAAAAUACAUUGUUAUACAAUUUCCUUA